UAUAUGCAAUCCCAACACAUCAUCUAUGGAAAAGCCAUGUCCACUCCCACCAAUCUCAUUGAUUUCUUGGUGAACCAAAGCAACGGUGUAAAGGGUCUUGCUGAGUUGAACCUUCCAAAUGUUCCUCCCCAAUACAUCCAACCUCUUGAGGCAAGAUUACACAGCACCAAAAUUGUCCCUCAUGAAUCAAUACCCAUCAUUGAUUUCACAAACUGGGAUGACCCAGAUGUCCAAGACUCAAUUUUUGAUGCUGCAUCCAAGUGGGGUUUCUUCCAAAUCGUGAAUCAUGGGAUACCCAUUAAGGUCUUUGAUGAUCUAAAAGCUGCUGUGCACAGGUUCUUUGAAUUGCCAGCUGAGGAGAAGAAGAAUCUCAAAGAGAACUCGCCCCCUGAUGUUGUUAGGUUGGCCACUAGUUUUAGCCCUCAUGCUGAGUCCGUGUUGGAGUGGAAGGAUUAUCUGCAACUUGUGUACGCUUCUGAGGAGAAAAUUCAUGCGCAUUGGCCUGCUAUAUUGAAGGAUCAAGCACUGCAAUAUAUGAAAUUUUCUGAAACCUUAGUCAGGAAAUUGUUGAAGGUGCUUCUGAAGAAACUGAAUGUAAAAGAGUUAGACAAAACAAGAGAACACACUUUAAUGGGUGCAAUGAUAUUGGGUCUUAAUUACUACCCUACUUGCCCUGAGCCUGAAGUUGUAGCAGGGGUAGGUCCUCAUUCUGAUAUAUCAUCAGUUACUGUCCUUCUGCAAGAUGAUAUUGGUGGGCUUUAUGUAAGAGACGGUGAUGGUGAUAAUUGGACCUAUGUUCCUCCUGUUGAGGAAGCGCUGGUAAUCAACAUUGGAGAUGUGUUACAGAUAAUGAGCAAUGGAAGAUACAAAAGCAUAGAGCAUCGAGUGGUUGCUAAUAGAAGCAAGACCAGGAUUUCCAUUCCUAUCUUUGUCAACCCAGCACCUGAUGCUAUUAUUGGUCCUUUGCCAGAAGUGUUGGAGAAUGGAGAUAAACCAAAAUAUAGCCAACGUUACAUGCAAGAAGAUGGCAAGAGAAGAAGGGGAUUGAAGAAUGGUGAGAGUGGCCUAAGAGUCAAGGGAGAUGUUGUGAUAAACUAUAUUAAGAGAGUGGCCUAAGAAUGGGGUAUACAAAAGCUGCUGCUUUGAUAAACCAAACUCAACGAGACAUCCAGUAGACUUGCGAACCAGACAAGAUUCCAUCAUCUUAAUGUCUCCAGACGUUGGGUUACAAGCUAGCGUCACAUAGCUCAGCAAGGGCCCAAACAAAGACCAAUGUUAUUGUAUGUUAUCGUGAAGACAAAAACACAAUCCAGGUGAGACAAAACAUUUGAUAGUAUAUAGUGUUGUGCGAAAAUGGUGAAGCUGAGUGAAAACCAAAAAGAAUUUUGGUCCGAGGACAUUGGACCACCGUAGUAUUGUUAAGCCCCCGCUUGAGUUAUGAGCUCGCGCUACUUAGCUCGGCAGCAUUCUUGGUUCAUCAAAGGAAAGUUAAGAGAAAGGUACACAAUUCCUAUGAGAGGUCAGAAAUCAAUUUCGAUGAUAAGAAGCUGAAAUUGGGCCCGGAAGAAGUCGUAACGCUGCAGUCCCAGAUCCUGAGUAAGGUGCAGUAUUUGGGCCAUAUCUCAGUCCACAGAUGUCCGAUUAAGCCCAUUCUAGUGGUGUUUUGAAGCUAACAUCCAAGGCUACAAUUGUCCUUCAGGCCACGAACCAAAAAGAGGCUGUUUUCAUAGCCAAAAAAAUGGAAAAAAGUGACGAACGGAAUUUUUGAAUUUUAAAUUUUGAAUUUUAAGUUGUUUUUGGCUCCUCUCCUCUCCGCUUCUCUUCUCUCUCUCUUUUUUUCUCUUCCGUUUUUACUUUUAGUUUUCCUCCAUUAAUGGAGGCUUAGACUUUCAUCUAGUCUAAGGAUUGAAAAAGGAUUGAGACACUCUUGAGGAUCGGUUUCGCAAUUUAUUCAACAACAAAUUUGGUU